CAGACAUAAGUAAAGAUGAAACUAUGAGAGGGAGAUGGGAUAUCUUGUUCUGUAUUGAAGAUCAGGAUUUUAAAAUAGGGAGCAAAUACCUGAUAACCUUUGAAGCUAGAUGUCUACAUUUAGUUAACAUACGUGUACUGUAGUCAUGGCAAGCCAAAGUCAUUUUAAGAAGAAGAAAACCCGAAGUCAAGAACUGUCGGAGGAUUUCGAUUUGAUUGUGAAUGAAAUUAAUGAUUUUAUUGCUAUUUUAGAGGAACAAGGACAUAAGCCAAGUGAGCCCUUGCCUCUGGAUACAGGACAGAUAGAACCUGACCUCGAUUCGGAGAGUUCCUCUCUGUCGCUGUCCCCACGUAACACUGUGAUUCACAUAGAGGACACUGAUCUCUUCCUCCAGCAUCAGGAGAAUUCCGAACCGAUCUACGAGUCAUUUGACGAGGUCCAAGAAUGUCCGUAUGAAUCGAUUCAGAAUGUGAGACCAAAACCAAAGGCUAUAGCCACUGCCAACCUCAUUCCUCAGGCCUACAAGCCAAUACCCAAGCCUAAACCUCUCAACCUCAGGAGGAUGGGCGAGCCAGGGAAUCCACCCAAAAGGGUCAAGGCUAUACACAACUACAAGGGCACAAAUAAUGAUGAGCUCUGUUUGAUGAAGGGUGACAUAAUCACAGUAUCCCAGACCAUGGAUGGGGGCUGGUGGGAGGGGACCCUCAACGGCAAGACUGGCUGGUUCCCCAGCAACUAUGUCAAGGAGCUCAAGUCAGAUAUUGUAACACAAGAUAUCCCAGGCAAGAGACAGUCAGGGGCCCUCAAGGGGGAUGUCCAAGUCUAUAAGCGUGAGAGCAUGCAGUAUUACCAUAAUGUGGUUUUGCAAAAUGUAAUAGAAACAGAGAAAACUCAUGUCCAAGAAUUAACAACAGUGUUACAGACCUACAUACAGCCCAUUCAUAACUCCUCAAUAUUAACCCCCACAGAGUACUCUCAGCUGAUUGGUAACUUGGAGGAAAUCUUAGCAUUCCAGAACACAUUUCUUUCAGCAAUUGAAGAGUGCAUGAAUAAUUGCAGACAGCCUCCUCACCAGCGCAGGGUGGGAGGGGUGUUUCUGAAGUAUGCCCCCCGUGUGAAGGAACUCUACAUGGCUUACUCGGCCAAUCAUCCACAAGCUGCCGCAAUUCUACAAAAUAAACGGGAUGAUUUAAAUAAGUUUAUGGAAUCGAUUGGUGCUACAAAAGGAACAAUGACCUUGACUACAAAUCUGUACAAGCCUUUUACCCGGUUAGACAAAUAUCCCAGUCUUUUGAAGGAGUUAGAAAGACAUAUUGAGGAGAGCCAUAUUGACAGAGGGGACACUCAAAGAGCCAUAUCAGUGUACAGGGAGAUAGCAAAUGCUUGCAUGGAAGUCAGGAAGUGUAAAGAGAUGGAGUAUGAGAUUCUAACAAGUUCAAUAAAAGGAUGGUCAGGGGAGGAAAUUGCCAAGCUGGGGGAGGUGGUCCGACUAUCCCAGGUACAAGUGACCUCGCUGAGUGGGGACAAGAUGGACAGGAUCUUUGUGUUGUUCCCCAGUCUGCUGGUCAUGCUGUCUAUGAGUCCCAGACUCAGUGGAUACCAGUACGAGGGCAAGCUGCCAUUAAGUGGAAUGACUAUAGGCGUAAUAGAUGAUGAAGAAAUGGAGUGCUGCUUUGAAAUAUCAGGUAACAUGAUAGAGAAGAUAAUAGUGACCUGUGGUAGUCCGAUGGAUGCCUCGGGAUGGGUGGAGGCCCUGGGGAAAGACCAGGCCCAGGUGACAGUGAUGAAUGGACCCAGUAGUAAAUCUCAAAUCACACAGGAAAAUCGCCUUCUGCCUAAUUCCAACACACCUGAUAUAGAUAUGGCAAAACAGAUUACAACCUAUGGGGAGAUUUCUACAUCUCAGCCCAGUAUAAGUUUACUGACCCCCGCAAAGACCGCUCUGGUGACACAUUCCACCUGGACCAUGUCCUGUCUCCGCCCAUCCCCACCCCUCAGGCAGCACCUGCCCUGUAAGGAGGACCUAGUCAGAAGUCCACGCAUGGGUCGCAAACCAGUACGGCGGAAACCCGUGCGGACCCACUCUCAGGAUGAGUAUGAUUACAAAUACAAGUGGCGACAAUAUGAUCCAAGAACAAUGGAAGAGGAUGCACUGAUUCUGAAGGUGAUAGAGGCCUACUGCACCAGUGCUAAGACCAGACACACCGUCAACUCCUUGGACUUGAAAAAGCUGCGUCUGAGUGCGGAUGGAACAGUUGAAGCUAUUGCUAAAGAAAAAUUUACUUUGGUGAGACCCCUCCCUAACCCUAAUCUUGGUACCAUUAAUGAAAGUGUCAAGAAGGCGGACGUUGCCGUCCAAGCAUUACCUAAGGAAUCGGUAAACAUAGUCAAACCAUUACAGUCAGAGGGUUCGGGCACCCCCAACGUCAUACGGCGGGAUGUCGGCAUCCAAGCUUUCGUGACCAGUCCACACGUCCUGAUGCCAGAGGAGGAGAAGAUUAUAAUGGACGACGGAGACCCCUCCAACCUCCAGGAAAAAACAUUGGUGGACACAGUUUAUUCUUUGAAGGACCAGGUUCGGAUGUUAGAGAAGGAGCAUAAAAAAAUGAAGCAUGAUUUGGAAGAAGAAAAGAAAGCAAGAAGGCGGUUAGAGACCAGCGUUAAAAAAUCCAUGAAAAGCAACAACCUUAUAUGGGAAGAAACGCCUACAUAGGCUCAUUAUUAGGGAUUCAAACUUGAUAAUAUGUUCAAUUUAUAGAUAUGUGUAGUGUUGUUAAGACUAAGCUGCAAUGAUAGUGCUGGUUUUGAAGAAUCCAACUGUGUUAUUAAUUGUGGAACUAAGAAUGCAUCUGAGUAUAGGAGAGAAAACAAGACACGAAGCAGGGAGUGAAUUUCUAAUUAGAAGUUGAAAGAUAUUUUUUAGAAUUUAAUUUUUAUGUCAUCUCUUUAGAAUGGUUGUAUGGUACUUGGACCAACAUAACUUAUAAACAGUGCUUUUGCGAGAUUUAUUUAUCUGUCAUAAUAUUGAAGUCCAAUACAUACAUGUACAUCUGUCUGAGAAAUUGUGAUUUAUUUUAUGGAAUAUUGAUAUUGUAUAAUGUAAAUUGAUAUUUCUGUUCGAUUCUCUCAUUUACAGAGAUAUUUCUAACAAGGAACUACGGUAUUAAUAUUAUUUAAACUUGUUGUGAAUCAUCGAGAUAUAACAUAUUCACAAGACUACAUUCUGUGUAUUUUACAGAGUAUGCUUGCAUUUAUUACCUGUUACAGAUUAAAAAUACAGUGAAUGUGCUUGUUCAGGUUUAGAGUGCUACACAUUUGAAAGCAUUUCAUUUCUGUUUAGGUUUAAUUUUUCAAAACCUUAGAAUAUUGACAUUCAGUGUUUUUUAAAGGUUAUUAAAAUUUCAACAUUCAUUUCCCAUAAUCAAUGCAAAAAUCUUUGUUUUUAUUAUAGUUUUAAGAUUGAUAAUUAAACAUUAUAACAGUAUUACAACAAAUUAUUAUUUAACAUGCAAAUUUUUACAUGAAUUGAAAUGUACAUUUCUUGCAAGUAUCUGAGCAUAAUAUGUAUUGCCAGCAAUGUGGUUGUGUAAAUUUUUGUGUCAUGUGCCUGAAGCAUUGAUUGCUUCAGUGAACAGAUAUCACCGUUCUAUAGGUGAUGGAGAUUGUACUUCAUUGUUUAAUGUGCCAAAUAUGAAGAUUUAGGGGAGGCAGAAAGAGAAACUAACCUAGUGUUUAUAGAUGAACAUGUAAUUUAAAAUUUGCUAGUAUUUGUAAUUAAGCAAAAAAAAAUAUUCACUUACUGCUAUCUUUGUACAUAUAUCUAGAGAAUGUUGAAAAAAAUAUGAAAGAACAAGAAACCGAACUCUGUAAUAUUCCUCGACGUGCAAUACACACAACAAUAGAAUUUGAUGUGUAUUUAAUUUGUCUCCUGACUUGUAGUGUGCUUUUUGAAAAUGAACAAACACAUCACAACCAAAUGUGAAUAAAAUAUCAAUUUAAAA